AAAUAAAUAGCUAUUCCACAAACCAGCCUAUAGGAUGGCGCUGAUUCGCAAAUUAUCGAAUGUGAACCGCCAAAAAACAAGAAGAAGAAGAAGAAGAAGAAGCAGAAGCAGCCGCAGCAGUGAAAGAAGAAGAACGUACACUUUUACACCGUUUUGUAAAAUUGCGCCUUCGCGGAAGCCAUCUCGCCGUUAAACCCAACCCUCUGGCUGCAGGAGCGCACGCCUCAGUAUCACUUUAUGUUUUAUCUUGCCCCAAACGAUAACGACGUCGAAGCGAGGAAGAAUAAUAAAAUGCCCUUGCCCGUGCAAGUGUUUAAUUUUCAGGGGUCAAUGGAGCCCAUGCAAAUCGAUGCUGACCCCCAGGAGGACCAGCAGAAUGCCCCAGAUAUCAACUACAUAGUGGAGAACCCAACACUGGACCUGGAGCAGUAUGCAACUAGCUACAGUGGAUUAAUGCGCAUUGAGAGGCUGCAGUUCAUUGCGGAACAUUGUCCUCAACUCCGAGUAGAAGCUCUGAAGAUGGCCCUCACCUUUGUCCAGAGGACCUUUAAUGUCGAUACUUAUGAAGAAAUUCACCGCAAACUCACUGAGGCUACAAGGGAAGUUCAGGGUCUACCUGACACGGUGCCUGAAGGUGGAAUUGUUCCUCCUCCCCUGGACUCAGCGUGGGCUGAAUCCACUCGGAAAAAGGCUCUGCUUAAAUUAGAGAAGCUGGACACUGAUCUGAAAAACUACAAAGGAAACUCCAUUAAAGAGAGUAUCAGGAGAGGCCAUGAUGACUUGGGGGACCAUUAUUUGGACUGUGGUGACCUAAGUAACGCCCUCAAGUGUUACUCCAGAGCAAGAGACUACUGUACCAGCGCUAAGCAUGUUAUCAAUAUGUGUCUGAAUGUCAUCAAGGUUAGUGUUUACCUCCAGAACUGGUCACAUGUACUGAGCUAUGUCAAUAAGGCAGAAUCCACACCAGAAAUAGCAGAGCAAAGAGGAGAGCGAGAGGGCCAGAACCAAGCAGUCCUCACAAAGUUAAAAUGUGCAGCAGGUCUGGCAGAGUUGGCCUCCCGGAAAUACAAACCAGCUGCAAAGUGCUUUCUGCAGGCAUCGUUUGAUCAUUGUGACUGUCCAGAGCUCCUGUCACCCAGUAAUGUAGCUGUUUAUGGUGGUCUGUGUGCCUUGGCCACAUUCGACAGACAGGAGCUUCAACGCAACGUCAUCUCUAGCAGCUCUUUUAAGUUAUUCCUGGAGUUGGAGCCUCAGAUCCGUGACAUCAUCUUCAAGUUCUACGAGUCCAAAUAUGCGUCGUGUCUGAAGCUGCUGGAUGAAAUGAAGGAUAACCUCCUGUUGGACAUGUAUCUGGCUCCACAUGUCAAGACGCUGUACAGCCAGAUCAGAAACAGAGCCCUCAUACAGUAUUUCAGCCCCUACGUGUCAGCAGAUAUGACGAAGAUGGCCCAGGCCUUCAACACCACAGUAGCCGCCCUGGAGGACGAGUUGACCCAGCUCAUACUGGAGGGGCUCAUCAAUGCUCGGAUUGACUCGCACAGCAAGAUUCUUUACGCGCGGGACGUUGACCAGAGGAGCACCACGUUUGAGAAAUCUCUUCAAAUGGGCAAAGAGUUCCAGAGACGAGCCAAAGCCAUGAUUCUCCGAGCUGCGGUGCUACGCAACCAGAUCCAUGUCAAAUCUCCACCCAGAGAGGGCAGCCAAGGGGAACUGACACCAGCCAACAGCCAGACCAGGAUGAGCACCAACAUGUAAAGUGGACAGUUUGUCUGCACACCAGCACUGAUUGACUGGAUGGAACCCAUUACAAACCCAGCCCAGCCGCUCCCACCUCCUGCUCCUCAGUGACAGACCACGUGAAGACCUGUUGUUCUGAAAUGGUCUCGUGUCCCUGUCAGAUGAUCCUUAGUUGUGCUUGGGUGAAAGCUCAGCAUUCACUUUGCUGUGUUACACAUGAUGGCAGCAUCAAUAAGAGCAAGGGUUUUAAAAUAAACGCCUUCCAAAAAUUCAA